GGACUCCUCCGGAUCGGCUUGACCACGUGUGUGGGAGAGAUGCAAUGAGCAAGGACUCUCACGAAAUCAUUCUUAUUUACGUCAUCGCGAGACUAAAUGUUGGACCUCGAAGACUGUCCAUUAACGUCUCUCCUUCUGGAAUGGCAAAGGUACCUGAGUUUCACGUCCCCCGUGGAUGAUACUCCGCCUUGGAAUACAAUUGCCAUCUACCAAGGCGGCGUUUUAUAUCUCAAUCAUUGUAUGGAUCUUCUGGGGCCCAAUUGAAUUUACCGCGGCUGCCUUAAAAGGAACAUCGCUUUCCGAAGUAAUGGAAGGACUGCAGGUGGCCAGCGGCUCAUACUCAGGAAUUUGGUGCCAAUACCUAAUGCGCCGAAGCCGCCUUCUACUCGUCGAAGCGACAGGCGACCUGGCUCGAUGUUCCUACGUUCUAGAGAAAAAUGGAGACCCCUCGACCAAGAACAACCUCCAACGGACUGCCCGUAGAAAGCUGUACCAGGUCUACUUUUACUUCGUUUACGGCAUCGCAACAGUGUUCGGUGCCUUGGCGACUUUCAUCACCAUGCGAACGCAUUGGACGGAGGCUAUUAUUGAUUUGGGUGCACAGGCUGGAGUACAAUUGACUGUCGUCAUGCUGAAGGCACUCAUGUUGCCGCUCCAGACAGUGCUGCUUUUUUCCGUGCUUAUCACCUACUACUCCGCCCUUCCACUUUUCUUCAUCUUGUACGGCUCCACAGCAGAGCUGCAUCGCGGAAUCGCAGUUGGCAUCAAGAACGGCCACUGCACGGAAGGCUGGGCUGCGCUGCAGAGCCACCUGAUUGCAGUGACCGCCAAGGUGCGCGUCGCCGUCGCGGACGUGAUCCCGCACAUGCUGGUCGUGGGCAUCGUCCUGCCGCUGUUUUGCACCGUCGACGUGCUAACGAACGGCCUCAAGGCGGGCUAUUUCGCCAUGUGCACGGCUCCGCUACUGUUUACGAUUUUGGUGGCGUCGUUCGAGGCUGGCGAGAACGUCUCUGCUUCGCUGGAGGCACGACACCUUUGCCAUUAUUUCUUGCUUACGUCCCGUUCGAACAGCGGUGAUUGA